AUGGGAAAUAUCGGCAACGAGAAUACGGCUCGAAGAGCUGACAGUUCUAGCAAUAGGAUUACACCAGAACGGGAUACUCGUCUAUCGAGGGAUCUAUCCGGCUCCCCGCAUCGCCAAGGCUAUAUGGAUGAAGCAAAUAUGCUACGAAGAGCGGCGGGCAAGAUCCCGCAUGUUUGUGUGAUCGGCGCUGGUGUCGCCGGGUUGAGAUGUGCGGAUGUGUUGUUGAAGCAGGGUAUCAAGGUUACGAUACUUGAGGGGAGGAAUAGGGUUGGCGGGAGGUUAUGUCAAAGUAACGCGUUAGGCCACCUAGUCGAUUUAGGCCCAAAUUGGAUACAUGGCACCGAUGACAACCCUAUAUUAGACCUCGCCAAGGAAACGAAAACGAUUACCAUGAAUUGGGAUGGACGGCAAUCCGUCUUCGACAACCUAGGAAACCACAUGCCUGAUGAAGACGCAGAAAAGAAUACAGAACAUGUCUGGUCAAUCAUCGAGCAAGCAAUGAAGCAUUCGAACGAGGACUCCGCCAACAUACCCGCAGAGAAGAGCUUGUACAACUAUUUCGAAGAGCAAGUCGAAAAGAUGUUCCCAGACCAGAACGACGAAGCAAAACAAAAGCAACAAACCAUCCUCCAGAUGGCCGAGAUGUGGGGCGCCUUCGUCGGCUCGCCAAUCCAAACGCAAAGUCUAAAGUUUUUCUGGCUUGAAGAAUGCAUCGACGGCGAAAACCUCUUUGUCGCAUCCACCUACGAAAAGAUUCUCCGAAAGAUCGCCGAGCCAGCUCUCAAAGGAGCAGAGAUACGAUUCGAGCACAAAGUAAACAAGAUAACCUCGCGCGAGGAAAGUGGAAACAUCAGUGUAACAGUUGAGAUCGACGGUAAGGGAAGUAUGACAUUCGACGAAGUAGUCAUGACAGCACCACUAGGCUGGCUCAAAAGAAGUACCUCCGCUUUCGAACCAGCAUUACCGCCACGCCUGCAACAAGCUAUUCAAAAUCUAGGAUACGGUCAUUUGGAUAAAGUGUACAUCACCUUCCCAACCGCUUUUUGGAACGUAUCAACCUUGUCCUCCUCAACAACAACCAUAUCCCCCUCCUCCCAACCAGCCCCAAACAUCACAGCAACAACAGCACCCCUCCAUCAACUCGCUUCCGCCUCAACAACUACCCACUACCCAGGCUUCACACACUGGCUGCACCCCACGUAUGCCACCCAAACCAACCAAGAAGCCUGGAACCAAGAAGCCGUCAACCUCGCCGCCCUCCCCGACAACACCGCUCACCCAACCCUGCUCUUCUACACCCACGGUCCCACAAGCCAACAUCUCGCCUACCUCCUAUCCACCAUGCCCACCACUCAACACAACUCCCUGCUAACAGCCUUCUUCCACCCCUACUACUCACUCUUACCCAACUACUCUGCUUCCAGCGCAGAUUGUGUUCCUAGCGCUGUGCUGGCGACAGCGUGGGCGAACGACGAGAUGGCGGGUUGGGGCAGUUAUUGCAAUUUCCAGACUGGAUUGCAGGAGGGGGAUGGGGAUGUUGAAGUGCUGAGGAAAGGGGUGCCUGAGAGGGGAGUGUGGAUGGCGGGGGAGGCGUGUGCGCCGUUUGUGGCACUUGGGACUGUGACGGGGGCUUGGUGGAGUGGGGAGGGGGUGGGGAAGAAGGUGGGCAUGGCGUAUGGGCUAGGGGGUAUGGAGGGGGAAGGGACGAUGAGUGGCGUUUAG